AUGCACAUGAACUCAGGGUUGGAAAAAAGGGGGGAGGACACAAAACGCGCCCUGGCUUCCCCUCCGGAACCACCUCGUUGUUUUCAGUACCAAGAGGUUCAAUUACAGCCUGAGGAUGGAAUUGGUCAUGAAGGUUUACUCUACAAAGAUCAAAAACGCAAUUUGUCAGUGCCUUUUUCCGACAAUUCUCGCAUCCCUCGUAUCACUUUUGGCACUCUUGGCUUAGUAAUCGUGACUGGGCAAAGUCUCUAUGGUGUCCUUUCUAACUUUCCACAAAGUCCCUCAGACGAGGAUGUUGGAAACGUCAUAUCUACCAUAGCUGUGUUUUCCUCUUGGCUUUAUGCUUUUGUGCUUUGCCUUUUCUCUCAAAACCAUCAAUUUCCAAAUAACUGGGGAUGGACGCUCAAUGUCCAUCUCUUUAUCUUAUACCUGGUUACUUUUAGUCUGUCUGUCUAUUCUCUGGUCAUUUCCAUUUGGAAUUUUCCGGGUCAAUCAUUCUACCAAGGGGUUCCUCUCCUGCUUUGUGCUCUGAUCUCUACGGAUCUUGUAUAUGUCACUGGCAUGGCCGAAUAUGGUCCGCCAUUCAUUGAUGAAACAAAUAGAGAAGUAACAAGCUCUCAAGUUUGCUCAAUUGCAAGCAGCCUUAUAUUCAAUUGGAGCUAUUCUGUAAUCCGUACUGCUUAUAAGAAAAAUAGCUUGUCUGAAAAAGAUCUUCCAGUUUUGGAGGCUUCUGACAGAGGCCGAAAUCUUAUGACAAUCUUUGGUCUCCAUCCUGAAAAAAAAUUGGUACACAGAAUCGCAGUAGCCAAUUCUGGAUCGCUACUAGUUCAGGGACUUGCUGCUUUUGUUUCUGCCUUUCUGUUUUAUAUACCUGCCUACUUUGUCAACAGGAUCUUGCUUUUGGUCCAAGAUAUCUCAGAUGGAGAAGUCGAUGAUACAACUAUGGGCAAAACUUUCUCCAGUGUUUUUUACCUCGCAUUGAGCAUUGUUAUUCUGGGUAUAAUAACAUCGCAACUAUGGUAUUGGGUGAGAAUCAAGGGCAUGUUAGACAUCGAGAUAUACAAAAAGACUCUCUCAAGAAUGGAUUCUGCAUCAACCGUUGAGAAAGACGGUACUGAGGAUAAAGCAGUAGGAACCGGCGGGAACCCCAAAGAAGAGCCUGGCUCAACUGCUUUAACCGGUUCUAUAAUCAACUUAAUGAGCUCAGACUCGGCGCGAAUUGCUAAAGUGUCUAACAUUUGGUUUACUUUAUUCACUAUACCACUUGAAUUCGGGACCGGUAUAUUGUUUGCCUACCAGCUUAUGGGUGCAUCAUGCUUCCUUGGCCUUAUGGUUUUGGUUAUAGCAUUACCAAUCAACCAUUACAAUGCCAAGAUGUAUAAUCGAGCCCAAAGAAACUUGAUGCUUGUUCGCGACAAGCGUAUAGCAAUGUUAAAUGAAGUUUUCCAAGGCAUCCGACAAAUCAAGUUUCAAGCAUGGGAAACAAACUGGGAGAAACGAAUCAUGAAAACAAAAAAUUUUGAGAUUGGUUAUUUGAAGCUUAUAUAUCUCAGUAAUGUAUUGUUCAACUUUGUAUGGAAAGGAUCUCCUUUGUUGGUGACAUUGGUAUCUUUUUGGUCAUUUACUAGCCUCCAGGGAAAUCCUUUGACUGCCGCAACAGCUUUUACAUCUAUUGCAGUAUUUAACGAGCUCAGAUACGCUCUCAAUGCUUUACCAGAACUUUUUAUUCAGCUAGGGCAAAUUUCGGUUAGUAUCAAGCGAAUCGAAGAAUAUCUCAAUGAAGAAGAGAUCACACAGCCUCCUUUAAACUCAAUUGUUCCUCGAGUAUAUCAGAAGGAUUUGAGCAGACCAACACAUUGUCUCAAGGCUUUGUUCUCAAGGAUAUUAAUAUCGAGUUCCCGCAAAAAUGCCCUAACUUUAAUAUCUGGUGCUACUGGAGCAGGAAAAUCCCUGAUGCUUCUUGGUCUUCUUGGUGAAGCCACUCUGACCAAAGGAAAAGUGAACUCUCCGAUAUCUUCUAUAUUGAGGAAUAUACAAAAUGAAAGUUCUGGGCAGUCAUUUUCUCCCGAAAACUGGAUCCUCGAAAGCUCUGUUGCUUAUGCGGCUCAGACACCCUGGCUCCAAAACGCUUCUAUCCAUGACAAUAUUUUAUUCGGCCUCCCUUUCUCGGAGAAGCGUUACAAUGAUACGGUAAAAGCAUGUGCUCUUGUUAAAGAUUUGUUAUAUCUGGAAGAUGGCGAUAUGACCGAGAUUGGCGAAAAGGGUAUUACACUUUCAGGAGGUCAAAAGGCUCGCGUUGCUUUGGCAAGAGCUGUCUACUCUCGGGCCAAAAGUGUCUAUAUGGAUGAUGUAUUGAGUGCUGUUGAUGCUCAUACAGCCAAACACUUGUAUGAGAAUUGCUUGAUUGGCCCACUUAUGAAGAAUCGCACAAGGAUUUUGGUUACUCACCACAUAAACCUCUGUUUAAACGGAAGUGCUUAUUUGGUUCAUAUUGAUAAUGGCCGAGCCGAUGUGUUUGAAUCCCCUGAAGAGCUAAGACGCUCUGGAGAUCUUUACAAUAUCAUUAAGAGUGAAGAGCAAGAGAAAAAUAUUCAAGACGAUGAAGAACAGACAGUCGAGGAGAUUGUAUCGCCAGAUAGUUCUGUAGCCUCUCCAUCGAAUGAAAAUGACACUUCAAAGACCAUAAAUAAUCCACCAAGAGUCUUGGUUGAGCAAGAAACUCGUGCUGUUGGUCAUGUAAAAAUACGCCACUACAUUAAAUAUCUUAAAAUGGUUGGCAGCUCCUGGUUUUGGAUUGUAUAUGCUUCUAUUGUCCUAGGAUGCCGAGCCCUUGAAGUUUAUGCUGUGUGGUGGGUAAAGCUUUGGUCUCAAGCUUAUGCCAAAGAGAAACAUCCCGAGCCUACUCUUAUGAUGGUCAGUCCAAGUAAUACUCUGAUUCCCGAGUUUGAGUUAUUGCCAGAAAAGCCGUCUGACGAUAAUGUUGAUAUGUAUUUGAGUACAUAUAUGAUCUUAACGGCUGUUACUGUUAUAUGCAUUACUAUACGUUAUGGAUUCCUCUACUUGGGAACUAUGCAGGCUAGCAAGAGUCUAUAUGCCGAACUACUCCACUGCGUUUUCAGAACUCCUUUGCGUUUCUUUGAUACUACACCUGUGGGCCGUAUUCUCAACCGUUCUUCAAAGGAUUUCGAAACUUUAGACUCGGAGCUUCCCAUUGAUCUUGCAAACUUUACCAUUCAAGCAACUUUUGUUAUUUCUACCUUGCUCGUUGUUUCUCUCGCUCUACCGUGGUUUUCUAUUCCUAUGCUGAUAACUAGUGCCGUUACCUGUUUUAUUGGGAGUCGAUAUAUGCCCGCUACUAGGGAAUUGAGGCGCAUGGUCUCAGUGGAAAGAUCUCCCCUUUUUACCCAUUUUACAGAGACUAUUGUAGGUGUAACUACAAUUCGAGCAUUUGGGGCUACUAGACAAUUUAUGAGCGAGAUGUUGAUCCGCGUGGAUAACUGCCUGAGGCCUACCUUCCACAGAGUUGCAGCUAGCCGUUGGUUAAGCGUUCGCUUUUAUAUAACUGGUGCUGUCAUUAAUCUUUUCACGGCCAUUACUAUCCUUCUAAGCAUGAAGUAUAUCGAUGCAUCCACAGCUGGAUUCUGUCUUGCCAUGGUACUUGAAUACGCAGAUCAGAUGUAUAUCUUGGUUCUUAGAUACACUUCAGUCGAGUUAAGCAUGAACUCUGUGGAACGUAUAAUCGAAUUCAUAGAAAUUGAUCAAGAAGCGCCUGCAAUUACAGACAUCAGACCACCAAUAGAGUGGCCAAGCAAAGGAGAAAUUCAGGUGGACAAUCUUGAGAUUCGUUAUGCUCCUGAACUAGAGGCAGUAAUUAAGGACAUUAGCUUUUCCAUAAAGCCAAAAGAGAAAAUUGGCUUGUCAACACUUGCACAGUCGUUUUUCAGAUUUGUAGAGGCAUCCAAAGGUCGUAUUGUUAUCGACGGGAUCGAUAUAAAGAGUAUCGGGACAGAAGAUCUGAGAAAUCCUACCUUGUUCUUUGGAACCAUUCGAUCAAAUCUUGAUCUUUUUAAGCAGUUUGAUGAUCAGGCCAUUCUCACUGCUCUCAAAAGAGUUCACUUGCUUCCUCCCGAAGAAGAUCUUGAAGAAAAUGCUUUUUCUGAGACUGCAAGUAACAAUGUCAAUGUAUUCUGGAAUCUUUCGACACCUGUGAGUGAAGGUGGAAAGAACUUCUCUCAAGGUCAACGUCAGCUUUUGUGUCUUGCUCGUGCUUUACUCAAACGUACCAAGAUUGUAUUCAUGGACGAGGCCACAGCUAGUGUUGAUUUUAAUACAGACAAGGCAAUCCAAAAGGCAAUUUCAACAAAUUUUGCUGAUUGCACUAUUGUUUGUAUUGCUCAUCGUCUUCACACUGUAAUUGAGUAUGACCGUAUCCUUGUUUUGGAUCAAGGAAAUGUAAUCGAAUUUGCCAGCCCUUUAGACCUGAUUAGUAAUCCAAAUUCCAUGUUUUACAAAAUGUGCCAUGACUCUGGCGAAUUUGAUGGUCUCGUUUCUCUGGUUAAAACCAAGGCCCAGCUUGUGGGGAUUUCUUAA